CCGCUCACCUUCUCACAAAAAUAACAACGUUUAUCGAAACCUGUGACUUUGAACUAGCAUAUACUUUUUGUUUGAGAGCUCUUGAAAUGGAACCGGAUAAUGUAGCGGUGUUGGAGGCGACUGGUGCCGUGGAACUAGAACUUGAAAAACCUGAUGAGGCUCGAGAGAUCCUCAAAAUACAUGUAUAUGGGCAACUAUCUGAAAGUCUCGACUCGAUAAAUUACUUACUGACUGGAGUUGAUCUAAUGACCGAAGAAUUAAAAUCUCUGGACGUCGCUUCUACUCCGGAAGCACAAGAAAAUCAUCAGGCAUUAUGUAGAAAAAUAUCAACCGCGUUAUGUUCGAUGACUGAAAUUUAUUUGACAGAUUGUUG